AUAAUGUUCACCGUAAUUUUUACGGCCUAGAUUAUUAAACUCCGCCGGCGAUUGGAAUCAGUAAUUUUUUUGAAAAUAUUGAUGUUUUGCUGAUGACAUUGAUGGACAAGCCAAAGAACGCCGCUACGAUUGCUAAAUGGGGUGCCGCAUGCUCUCCGUGUGCUCUGGCAAAAGCAAAAUGUAUUCGAUCAAGCAAUGUACCAAGCGCCAGAUGUGAUAGGUGCGAACGAUUAGAGAAAGAUUGCGUCAGUCAAGUACAUAAACCAAGGAAGAAACGACAAAGUAGGCCUUCUAAGACGGCUCAGCUCGAGGAGAGACUUAAUAAUCUCGUUGAUUUCAUCAAAGCUAAUAACACCGAUGUCCCUACCCCAUUGCGGCAAGUUUCCGGUGCCAGGCAACUUUCUCCCUACUUGGGGGAGGCUGAAGGGUCGACGCAAUUACAAAGACCCGAGACAGACCCAGUCCAUGGAAAGGCCCCGACUCCAGCUUUAGGGAUAAAUAAUGAACCAGUGACAGCUGCGUUGCCGAUACCAAACUCCUAUAAUGAGCGUGCUCCUCGGAUAUGUGUCUGUCGCGCUCCAGCGGGAGAGGUUCCUAUUCCUCUAGAGCCUGACGAAACCAAUCUGUCAAUUUAUAUCGACAAACUCAUGCCAAACUACCCAUUCGUGCCAAUCCCUUCAGGAACAACGGCAUCCGAGUUGGCAUCAAGGCGUCCUUUCCUAUUUUCCACAAUUCAGAUGGUCUCAUCUUAUCGCAACAUCAAGUCCAUGAGAGUCCAAAACUACUUCAUACUAAAACACAUAUCCGAACAUAUGUUAAUGCGUUCUGAACGAUCUUUUGAGAUCCUACAAUCCAUCCUUCUCGUCUUAGGGUACUACCAUUAUCACUGCAUGAUACACGCGCAGAUGAAUAAUUUGAUAGGACUAGCGAACAGCCUAGCCGCAGAUCUGGGUAUUAAUAGGAAUCCCGAUUUGCAAGAAAGGGCAAGAUUAUUACAGACAAAUCCUGAAGCCCCACCAGCCAGAACCAACGACGAAAGGAGGAUGCUUUGUGGGGUCUGGUAUAUGACCUCAAUUAUCGCGCUUGCAUUUCAGCGGAUCGAUCCGCCUAGAUACACCCCGUACAUCGACCAGUGUCUAGGAGAGCUCGAGGCCGACCAGGAGUAUGAGUCUGACUUGCUUCUCGUCCAACUAGUCCGUAUCCAGAAUCUCUCCGAGCGCAUCGCGCAACUGCACGCGAAAGAUCACACUACGGACGAACUAAACACCAUCACUCGCGCGCCUGCGACCGCUUAUUCGAACAUGUUUCACGCGGAGCUGGAGAAAUUCACAGCGUCAUUACCCCCCAACCUAGCAGCAAAUCAUCUCAUAACAUGCCACAUCAACACUGCGAAAUUACGCCUAUGGGAACCGCCUAGAAUCGACGCCGCACUCCUGGAAAAAAUAUCGAACUCGCUAGCGUCCCUAUCCUUGGACUCGGCCUCUUCGCUCGAUAUAUUCUACCGGGCCAAUACGACGCUCAAGUCGUGGUUCGAAUUCUGGUUAUCCAUAGAUGUGACAGACUACUUUGUUUUGCCUAUGCCCGUAUCAGCUCAACUCAUCAACGCCGUGACGAUGCUAGCCCGAUGGUCCAAGCUCUCGAGUCCCGACUGCAGCAAGCUCGCCCCGAAUGCAGCAGCGUCGGCUCAGAUGGUUCGGAACGAUCCGGGCUGUAGCGGAGCAGCAUUGGUCCCGGUCCCCGCGCUCAGGACUAAGGAUAUCGACCCCGCGAUACCCUCCGCCGUGCAUGUCAUCAGGACACAUCUUCUUUCACAGCCCGAACUCCACAUUGACGUUCCGGGUAUCCUACAAGCUAUGGCCUCGCGGUUCGAGCAAGCACAAGCAGCGAGCCAGAAGCAAGGUGGCCUACCAUGGGAGAAUGACACAUGGGAGAUGGCGGCAAAGAAAAUCAAGGGCACGCGCUUGAAGCUAGAGCGGUGGGCCGAGUUGGUAGCAGCCGCGGAUAGCGAGAGGCGGAAACCCGGGUCAUCCACAGGGGCCGGCGUCAAUGGGGGACAGGACCUGAACGCCGGCCAAGGCAUGGAUGGAAAUUGGAAUAUGGAAUCUACUGUGGACGUUGAUGGGCAACCACCCUACGAGGAAUGGAGUCCGAGAAUGUCGUGGGCGAACGAUUUCUUUGAGGGAUUAGGUAUGGAUCAAAACUUCUUUUUUGAAGGGCCAGUGGAUUACGGCGCUUCUAUCAUGACUAACUUCCAGGUUUCUGGCGGUUCAGGAGGAUACGGCUGAUUCUUGUUGCAGAAUGGUAGAGCGUUGCCCAGAUUUACAUAUAUUAUUACAGAAUACCUUGUAUAUUAACCUUGCAACUUAGCGAACAUUGGAUAACUAUGUCUUUAUCUAUCCUUACCUAGUAGGUAUAUAAACAAUUUACCUAUCCUUAUAUAAUUCUAUGUUUUAUCGUCAAAUAUGGC